AUGCCACACGGGCACAUGCAGCAGCAGAUGCCAACGUCGGGUCUGGAUACGUUGGCAGAGGGCUCACAAUACCAUCUGCAGCAGUUGCAGCAGCAGCAGGCCUUGGCGGGCAUGAAUGGGGCGAGACCAAUGCUCAAGCAUCGGCACAGCUAUGGGAACGGCGCACACGCUGUGGACCACAUGGCAUCAGCACGACGAGAGUCAAUGUCCAGCAUGGGCAAGCCUCCACGUGGUGCGAAUGGUCAGGCAGUCAGACGAAGGAUAAGCAGAGCAUGUGACCAAUGCAACCAACUCCGGACGAAGUGCGAUGGGAAACAUCCUUGUGCUCAUUGCGGCGAAUUCGGCCUCACCUGCGAAUAUAUACGUGAGCGCAAAAAACGAGGCAAAGCAUCUCGAAAAGAUAUAGCCGCGCAGCAAGCGGCUGUGGCGGGGUCGGACGGCAAAGACAGCCCAAAGUCUACUAAUGACAAUGAUUCUGACGACACAGCCAACGACCCGAAAGAUGAGCCUGAACAGGGCGUGAAGCGACGUAGAUCAAGUAGUGAUCUGCCACCCCCUCAGCUGCCACCACCACGCUCGAGUAGCAUGUCUUCUCAUCCUUUGUCCAAUGGAACUCGAGCGGCCAUCAUGCAGGGCUACGAGCAGGUCGGUGGCCUGCCCGCAAAUGCCAUAGUCGAUCAUCACAACAUCGACAUGCAACCAGAGCGGUCCAUGACGAUGGAGCAGCAGACACCAAGUGCAGGUCUGCCGACACCACGACUGCCAAGCGUUGGUGGUAUGCAGCCGGCGAUGGGUGACUACCGGACUAUGGACGACUACCAUCGAAGCAUACUGCAUCCCAACGCGAACGUGCCAGGCCAGAACAUCUUGCACAGCGGCGCGACUGGCAUGCCGAACUCCAUGAUGCAGCAGCAUGGUCAUGUUGGCCAAAUGACAGGAUAUCCGGAAAGCCAGUAUGCUGUGCCGUCUCCUGGUAGCCAACAGAGUGUCGGUGGAGCACCUUUCCGCAUUGGAGAGUCGCCAAUCUCAGCUGGCUUCCUUGGACAGUCACCAGUAGCUGGCUCUCCCGGUUGGCUCUCGUUACCCUCGCCUUCUGCCGGCCUGUAUCCAGGGCUACAGCAGGUCACUACGAACCAGAUCUUGCGAUAUCCAGUCCUCCGACCACUCCUCCCACACAUCUCUGCCAUCAUUCCGAUUGGGCUGGCUUGCGAUCUCCUCGAGCUUUACUUCUCGAGCUCGUCAUCUGCUUUCAUGCAGCCUCAAUCACCAUACAUCCUCGGAUAUGUCUUCCGCAAACGCUCCUUCCUACGCUCCCACAACACUCGACAGUGCAGCCCAGCUCUUCUAGCAAGCAUGCUUUGGGUUGCAGCACAGACUAGCGAGUCGGCGUUCCUCACCUCGCCCCCAUCAGCGCGAGGCAAGAUCUGCCAAAAGCUUCUAGAGCUCACUGUGGGCUUACUCAAGCCUUUGAUACACGCACCCACUGAUGGCACACCGAGCUAUGCUGGUAACACUGUCAUCAAUGGCGUUGCACUGGGUGGCUUUGGAGUAGCUCUACCUGGUCAAGCUCAUGAUAUGGAGGGUGGCUCACCGGGAGCGACUGGCGCUCUGGACGAUGUGGUGACUUACAUCAACCUCGCAACUGUUGUUUCUGCUAGCGAAUACAAAGCGGCAAGCUUGAGAUGGUGGAAUGCUGCAUGGUCACUGGCAAGGGAGCUCAAACUCGGCCGCGAGAUACCACUCAACCCCGAGCCGCACAACAAUGAAGUUCAGAAUGAGAUGGAGCCCAAUGGAGAGAACGCGCACGGGCACGGCCAGCCUCCUGGCCAGCAAAAUGCUCCUGGUGCAUUCACUGAGGAAGAGCGAGAAGAACGAAGAAGGAUAUGGUGGUUGCUCUACAUAGUAGAUCGCCAUCUUGCACUCUGCUAUAACAGACCGCUGUUUCUGUUGGACAUCGAGUGUGAUGGUCUGCUCCAGCCAGAGAACGAGGCCAUCUGGCAGAGCGCAGAAUACUACCCUCCAGAGAAUUAUGCCGAGACAAGCUACUUCCGACGACGAGGACCUACAUUUGAGUGCACAGGACACAGCAUCUUUGGCUACUUCCUGCCAUUGAUGACCAUACUUGGUGAAAUUGUGGACCUCAAUCAUGCUCGGAACCACCCACGUUUCGGGCUACGCUUCAGACAAGGCAAUGAGUGGGACGACCAGGCCGCUGAGAUAUCUCAACAGCUCGAGGCUUACGGUCGGAGUCUGAAAGAGUUCGAAGCCCACAUGAUGGCACCUCAACAGACGCCGACAGAGACACGACCUCAAGGUGAAGGAAAUACCGGUCCGGGCAACAGCAUGAACGGCGAUGGUGGCAUCCAUGGCGACGGUACCAGUCCGUCUGCACACUCGGUCGGCAGCAAGAGUUCGACACAGCGCAUGACAGAAGCCAUUCUACAGACCAGGAUAGUCGUGGCAUACGGGACACAUCUCAUGCACACCUUGCACAUUCUUUUGAAUGGCAAAUGGGAUCCGAUCUCGCUGUUGGACGACAACGAUCUGUGGAUAUCAUCGCAAUCGUUCAUCUCCGCAACUGGCCACGCAGUAUCUGCAGCUGAAGCUAUCAACGACAUCCUGGACUACGACCCUGACCUGAGCUUCAUGCCCUUCUUCUUCGGCAUCUACCUUCUGCAGGGCAGCUUCUUGCUUCUCCUAAUUGCAGACAAGCUGCAGGGCGAAGCAAGUCCGAGCGUGGUGAAAGCAUGCGAGACGAUUGUGCGGGCACACGAGGCCUGUGUGGUCACGCUCAACACAGAGUAUCAGCGAAAUUUCCGUAAAGUGAUGCGAUCGGCUUUAGCGCAGGUCCGCGGCCGAUCCUUGGAAGACUUUGGCGAGCAACAACUCCGCAGACGUGAGAUGCUUGCGUUGUACAGAUGGACCGGUGACGGUACUGGCUUGGCAUUGUAA